GGACGAUGUCACGUCGCCCGCAAUUUCCCCGAGACUUGGAAUAUAUCAUGGGUCCCAGUGCAUCUGCAACUGUAGAUCCUUUCAAUGCUAAGAGUCUGGCCAAAAUAGCUCCACACCGGCAGUCAGUACUGGACUUCUUGGCCGAAGUACUCGUGGAGGAAUGCGCCCUCCCUGUCUGGUUGGGAUCGGCAUGAGCGACGGACUCCCCUCUUUCUUUUAUUUAUUUCCCCCAAAGCUCCCUACUGCGCUGAGGUGCAGUUACAGCUCUUUCUCUCCAGCGAGCGCACCAUGCCACUUUCAACACUUCUACUUGGGGGCCUAUUAGCCCUACAGGCACAUGCCCUGCCUGGACGCGACAACCCUGCGAUACUCCGACGAGCUUGUCCUGACUACACCUCGUACGCCUCGACGCCGCAUGGCCCAUAUAGCGGCGGUCCCUUGAAUCUCCCUUACCAGCGCCCCGCCGAAGCAUGUCGUACCUUCUCGUCUGCGUCUGUGGAGAAGGUCAUCGAGGAUAUUACCUCGCGCCUCGUCGACAAAGACCUAGCGCAGCUGUUCCGCAAUGCGUAUCCGAACACCCUGGAUACUACAAUCAGGUGGCACCAAAAUGCUACUACAGCAGCUUCUACGCGUAAAAGUAGACGCGACACGGCCCAGUGGACCGGCGCGCAGACCUUCAUUGUCACCGGUGAUAUCAACGCGGAGUGGUUGCGGGACUCGACCAACCAGCUCACCAACUACCAAGCCCUCGCGAAGAAGGAUAAGAGCUUGUAUAAUUUAAUUCUGGGUGCCAUUAAUACACAGGCGGAGUUCGUGAUCCAGUCGCCCUACUGCAAUGCUUUCCAACCACCUUCGGCGAGUGGCAUCCCGCCAGAGAACAGCACGCAGGUGGACACAGUUCACCCGGCAUACGAGAAAUCGUUCGUCUUUGAGUGCAAGUAUGAGCUUGACUCCCUUGCGCACUUCUUGCUGCUCGGCACCGAAUUUUAUGAGAACACCGGCUCGACCGAGUUCCUAACCGACCGGUGGUAUAAAGCAUUGCAAACUGUCCUAGACGUGAUAGACGCGCAGUCGCAGCCUACUUUUAACUCGAAGAAUCAGUUUGUCACCAAUCAGUACACCUUCCAGCGUGAGACUACCAUUGGAACCGAGACGCUGAAUUUGCAGGGUGUUGGUAACCCGCUCAACAGCGGCACUGGUCUGAUUCGUAGUGCUUUCCGGCCAAGUGACGAUGCCACAAUUCUUGGAUACUUUAUCCCUCCUAAUGCAAUGAUGUCUGUUCAACUGCAGAAAGUGGCCGAGGUCAUCAAGGCUGCUGGCGGCCACGCCGACUUGGCCAGCGAGCUGGAACAACGUGGCAAUAACCUCGCGAAGGCUGUCAAGGAACACGGUAUUAUCAACCACCCCACUUAUGGCGACGUCUACGCCUUUGAGGUUGACGGCUAUGGCUCUCGCAUUCUCAUGGAUGACGCGAAUAUUCCUUCGCUUCUGUCUUUGCCGUACCUUGGUUUCCUGGACAAGAGCGACCAGGUCUACCAGAACACCCGGAAGAUGAUCACCGAGAAGGCUGGCAACCCAUACUACCUAGAGGGUCCUGCCUUCCAUGGUAUUGGUGGUCCUCACAUCGGACUCCAGAAUGCCUGGCCCAUGUCCCUCCUGAUGCAGGCUCUUACCUCCUCCGACGACACCGAGAUCUUGGAUUCCAUCAACCUGGUCCGUAACUCCAGCUUGCUCGGGCUCAUUCACGAGUCGAUCGACGUGACCAACAUCAAGUCCUACACUCGACCCUGGUUCGCUUGGGCCAACUCAGUGUUUGCGCAGACAAUUCUUCAGGUUGCGGAAGAGCGGCCCCAUUUGAUUUUCGGUGAUAAUGCCCAGCCUUAUACUAUUAAUUAAACAUGAGUCUUCUACCGCUGCAUAGGCUGCGGGUGGUACAGCCUUUGCGGCAAUUCAAAUGGAAGAGUCUUAUUACUCGGUUUUAUUGCUCCCUAAGUGAUGGUAACCGGAGAUUGACUGUGUUCAACAUCCAAUCAAUGGCAGUAUUGACAAUGAAGACAGC